UUGCUUAUAUAUACUCGAGCACCUAUACAUCACAAUAUCACAUUCUCUUCACCAUUCUCCCUCAUUCAGAAGCCUGGAAAAAGCACUCAACCUAGCUACUAAAAUUCAUCAAGUUCACGUAGUCUUUGUAGUACUUACUUUUUGCAUUGAUUAUCUGCAACAGUCUAAAAGAUGGGCAAAGAUGUUGCGCAUUCUCCUUCAGAGUCCUCACUCGCUGACCAAAGGCUAGCCAUGGCCAAACAAUACUCUCAUGAGGGUGUUGUUGCUGGAGCGAAGGCAGCGAUUGUUGCUGGAGUUGUUACUGCCAUCCCAACUAUUGCAAGUGCUAGAAUGCUACCGUGGGCAAGGGCCAAUCUCAACUCUACUGCACAAGCUCUCAUUAUUUCAACUGAUGGUGUUCUAGCUGGAGCUAAGGCUGCUGUUGUUGCUGGAUUUGCUACAGCCAUUCCAACUAUAGCAAGUGCAAGAAUGCUUCCUUGGGCUAGGGCCAAUCUCAACCACACUGCUCAAGCACUCAUAAUUUCAACUGUUGCUGGAGCAGCAUACUUCAUAGUAGCUGAUAAAACUGUGCUGAAAUCAGCCCGACAAAACUCCUUCAAUCAGAAAGAGAUGCACAACAUUGGAGCAUGAAUUUGACAAUGAGGAAGGCUGGAUGCUCUGCCAUUGAUGGUUAACGACGACGACGACGACAACGAUGAUGACGAUAACGUAGAAAGAUUUGAUCUUAAUGUUAAAUUAUGAUUACAUGUAAAAAUCAAAUCUUGUAUGAGCUACCCAUAUAUGUUAUAUAUAUGCAUGAAUAAUAAUGUUUUCUGUUUUUUCCCUUAACACAA